ACCAGGUCCCGCACGGCACGACUAGGCGCACCGUCCGGCACAGUCCACUCAGAGAUACGACCCAUGCUGGACCAUCGUCGCUCUGGUCCACGCCGGCAUCAGGCAUCCAGCAUCCGCGCGUCAGACCACACGCUGAGACGACGAGACCAGCAGCUCUCCGAGGACCGCGGCCAGGACACGCGUGAUCCUGGAACGAGCACGUUGCCCCGAACCUGGUGCAACAACACCGGAAGGACGAGAUACCAACGUCGUCGUUCCGAUCCUCGUUGCGGUUCUCGUGAUUUCAGUGCGGGCCAGAUAUUCGACGGAAGAGUAAUCCAGGAGACGAUUGUUCAAACGCGCGUUGUUGUGCGUCACGCGAUUUUCAACAGAAGUUUGUAAUUGUAAACUGGGACCAGUGUUUGUGCCGGGAAACGUGUCAGCCUGCCGACAGGAACGAACGGUUCUCCCUACUGAGACAGUUUAAUUUGUUUUUUUAUUUAUUUUCCUAUUGUUUUUUAUUUUCACUUGAUCCAAAGAUACGUGGAGGUGAAAUGAAUCCUUGGUGACACCGUGUGAUUCUCGGACAACACGCGACGGCCACAGCUGGCCGCGAGUUGACCCUGCUACCAGGAAGGUAUUUCCAAUAGGUGAAACUCGUCGUCAAUCGUUCGGUGCGAGCAUAGUCAAUGAAAAAUAUUUUUUUCACAUAGAGUCAAGUGUACGCGGAACUUGACUUUGAGUUUUAUCUCUCUCCCUUUUCGAGUGGAAGAUACGUCUUCGUAUUUAUCGUUAUUAUACCUCAUAAAUCGGUGUGUAUAUGUGCUCCGGGACGUGUGUAGGUUCGUCUGGCUGUCGCGUACGCGGCGAGCUGAACGAGGGACACGAUGAGGACGAAUAUUAGUUGACGAAAAGGUGCUUCUCGGCCGACUGUCAGUGCCGUCUUCGUCGCGGCCAGGUGCACCAGACGAUCGGACGGAAACCGGUAAUUGUAAGAAACCGCCAGUCGAAUCGAAGAUACAUUUCAACGAAGUAAAAAAAAGUGCCUCGAGAGGAGAGCUUCUGUCGCGAAGCACGAGUUAAACUUCGGGAAAGUACUGAAAAAUAAGUGUGAAGUUUCUCAAGGUGGAAACAGGUGACACGUCGGAUGGACUCGUUUCACCGGAACAACGCCACGGGGCGGAGGUGAGGGGGAGGAGGACAGAAUCGUCGACGAUCGUCCGCUUUGCAUAACCGUGCUCGAAGGAACCGGCGUCCUUCCAGCGUGGUCCUCGCCUCCCCCUUUUCUUCUAGCCAAACUUUUCGGAAAGAAUCGUGCCCGUCUUCGAGGGGAGACCGGAGAACAACCUUCCGUCCUGGAAGUUUAUCAAAGGAAACGCGCGGAUCGGUGGGAGACGCGUAAAUCGUGCAACGCGCCACGAGGAUCGACCAAGAACGUCAUCAUGAGGAUCAAAAUGCCCGCAGUAAGGAUCGCGCAAGCGGAAACCUCGCAAGGCACCACGUCCCCAGACACCGUCCAAUGCGGGGGUUGCAGGGUGUCGUACCCCCUUGGCGAGAUCGUGCGUUUCAUCGAGCACAAGGUGAACCACUGUCGAAGCACCCUCCAGGGUUGUCACAGUCCGCCGGCGACCGCGGCGCCGGAAGACUCCGACCCGGAGGAUCCGCUCGCGUUGAAGACCGUCGACCAGGACUCGAAGCUGAACUCCGUGCCCAGCAUCUCGGCCCCCAUUAACAAGAGGGGCGGAGGCAGGCUCGAGAGCCCUCCGACGCUUCAGGUUCCUGGUCCAGACGCUGGAAGUCCGAUCGAGCUAAAAGCCAGCGCGAGCUCGACGCCUAAAAGACGAACGGAACCAUCUGACAAGGACAAGGAGGACUUGCCCAAGAAACCCAAGACCGAAUCCGUGGACGCGGAUACGAACACAGUCAAUUCCGAACCGCGAUGGCUUCAAUGCUCGCAAUGCUCGAGAAGACUAUGUUCUGCCUGGGAACUCCUGCAGCACGCGCAAAGCGUUCACGGUGCCCGUCUGUACACCUCCCCGUCGUCGUCAACGAAUUCCUCGUCGAACACGCCUGCACCGAGUCCGCCGACGCCGACGCCGACACACACGCACACGCAUCAUCUAAGUCCGCCUAAUCACUUGAACCUGAGCAGCAAAUCCACCGGCAGCUCGUCCGCGGGAAACUCCUCCGGUGGCACGACGUCGAGCGGAAGUAGCGGCAGCCGGCAACCACUUCAAUCGUCCGCUUCCUUGGUCGGCGACCCGCUUCACAGUUUCCUGAGGCUACCUCAACACCUCGAGCGGAGUUUCCCGCCGAUGUUCAGGCCGGACUUUCUCGCCCUGAAUCCGCUGGCUGGAUACAGAGGCCUUCAAGAGUUGCAGACCGCUACCAGAAACCUUCAGAAUCUCGGGGAUCCGCUUCGCGGAAUGGAUGGAUUGAACCUCGGCGAUCCUUUGGUCCGUAGCUCAUUGGACUCGAUGAACAACGCUCGGAACCUGGCGAACCUGGCCGAGCUGUCGCACGGUCGCGGUUUAGCCGGCCAGGCGCAUCCUCCUCCACUCGAGGCCAAUCUGGAUUUUUACUCGGCGCGCCUAAGGAGCCUCGCUAAUCCGUCCUUAGGCGCGGCUCCUCCUAGUAGCGGCAAUUCAACGACGAAUUCGAAUCCGCCCGCCCCGGUGCCACCAGUACCGGUGCCGAGCACCGUCCAGCAGCAACCGCAGCAGCAGCAGCAACAGCAACAGCAACCUCAACCGCAACAGCCACUCCAACAACAACAGCAACAGCAGCCGACGCAGAAUCACAGUCAACCGGUGGAACCGCCUAGCCCAGCGUCGAACAAUUUGACGCACAGUAAUCAUCAGAAAGAGAAUUCGCCGCCCUGCUACAGUCAGAGUCCAGUUGGCCAUCACAACAACAACAAUUCGACGGAUAGCGAGAAAACUAGUCCCCCAGUCGCCUCGACGCCUAUAAUCACUGAUCUGGCAUCGGAGACGACAUAUUCGUGCGAGGUGUGCGACAAGAAGUUUCGGUUCCAGUCGAAUCUCAUAGUGCACAGAAGAAGUCAUCGAGAUAAGGAGAGACAGUACCAGCAGGAGAACACGCAGGAUGGUCAGUCGACGCCGGCCAGGUGCGAGGUAUGCGAGACGGAGGUAGCAAGCUUCGCGGAACUGAGGAAACACAUGAGAGACGAGCACCAGGAGAACGUGAACGCGGCCAGUCCUCAGGGGAGUUUCGAGACGGCACCGGACGACGGGUCCAGCUGCGACGAGAACAUGGACCUCGACGACGUGGAGGACGGCGAUAUGAAGGUGAAGAUGGAAGACAUGGAGGAAAGCACGCCGGAGGAUCUGAGCACUACUCAGGGUCAAAGCGGUGAGGAAAGUAGCGGUAGGGUGGAACAGAAGCCUGUGAGUCUGGUCGGCGAUUUGAUGGAGAAAUUCGGAUUGAACAACAUAGCGCAAUACUCGGAAGCUUACAGGCAGGCUCUGCAAGAGAACCAUAGGUGCGGUUUCAUUAAAUCGGAACCACCGAAUCUGACCAACUCCUUGAACAACAACAAGGAGAAGGACAGCGCUUUGUCGCCGACGAAUUUUAACUCUUCGACGACGCCUAAUAUAUUCUCCGGUCAAGGUUUUCCCAGGACGGGGCCGGACUUCUCCGGCCUCUGGCUACCGAGUCCGCACUACUUGGAAAACAACGAGUUUUGUAAAGUGACCAAGGCCACCACGUCGAGUCUGGCACUCCAGGGUCUGCCUAGUCCUCUCAUAAAGAAGGAACGCAGCGGCAGGAACGACACGUGCGAGUUCUGCGGCAAAGUGUUCAAAAACUGUUCCAAUCUGACGGUUCACAGGCGGUCGCACACCGGCGAGAAGCCGUACAAGUGCGAGUUGUGCUCGUACGCGUGCGCCCAGAGCUCGAAGCUGACGAGACACAUGAAAACUCACGGCAGACACGGCAAGGACACGUAUAAGUGCCGUUUCUGCGAGAUGCCGUUCUCGGUUCCGAGCACGUUGGAAAAACAUAUGAGGAAGUGCGUGGUGGUGGUGCAACAGGGCCCGAAGCUGGCUAUGCCGUACCCAGCCAGUCAAGAAGACGAAUCUUCGUUGUCUAACAAAGACACUUGAUCCUGGAACGGAAGCCUACCGCCGAUCCCGCCACUGUGGCCGCACAGGCCACCCUACCCGGUGUACUGAAGAAGGGAUCUUCUUCCUCGGGGCGAUCCAGAAGACAGAGCAGACGGAAAGCGAAUUCUGCGAGAAGAGGACGAUAAUGCGAUACGCGUUUAUGAAACGCGAACAAAUGAUCAACGAAGUAUACUCCAGACGAUCACCGAUCACUGCUAAAAUCAAGGUGACCUCUUAGGAUUAGGAGAGGCGGUAGGUCGAUCAAGGAGCAAUCAACUGAUCAAGAAGACCUGGAAACGGUCGUAACGACGAUGAGGAGCAUAAACAAGAAAUACAACGAGAAAGCGGAAUUUGAAGGACGACAGGGUCCUAAACGAGAAAAGGAUGAUAGGAUAUAAAGACGGAGACGGAUGGUCGAGGUCCGUUAGACGAUUUUAAUUGAAACUAGAAAAAAUGAACGAAUGGUUACCAUUUUGCGAGUCUCAACAAACAGCUAUUUAAAGUAUAUCCCUAUAAAUAGUUAUAAAUAAAGACGCUAUAAAUAUGAAUAUAAAUAUAUAUAUACAUAAAGAGUAUAAAUAUAUAUAAAUAUAAAUAUAUAUAUAUUGCAAGAUACAGAGGAGAAUUAUACAGAGUAUAAAUAUUAUACAUAGGGUAACGUGAACAUAGUGACUUUAUUAUCGCAUUUGAAGAUUAUUUAUUUAAUAACGAUAGAAAGAUAUUAUACGUACUGUAUAACGUAAUAUAUGUAUAUACGUGUUUGCGUGGUGGAGAACCGUGUAUUAUGUAUGUACAUUACGUUAUAUGAUAUGAAGAUACCGCGGACACACAUAAUUUUUAGGGACAAACUCGAUGGCAGGAGGGAUGAAGGAAUCGAGAGGGGAAGACGGUAAGAAAAAAAGUCUUUUUGUACAUUGCACCGAUAUCGCACAGCGAGUCUAGCGUCGAUCGAUACCGAUUGUCCCUCUUUUUUUCUAAGAAAAAGGAUUGGUAAAAACGAGACGACAAAAAAAUGUUGAGCCGUUCCUUUCUAGAGGAAGAAAAUAAUUACGUGUAAGUGAAUUCGAUUUGGAUAUUUUCGCUCUGUCUGUAUGUAUAUAAAACGCGAAACAUCGAUACUUGAAAUCUCACCCUCGAUCCUUGAAACAAACAACCCCAUCGUUACGUAUCGAUGACUAGAAUUUAGUAUUAAUGAUGUACAGAAAAAGCCAGAAAAAGGCGACGCGUUUUCUUUUCUAGAUAUUAAGACUCUACCCUCGAUCCUGUGUCCAAAAGUGUAUCAUAGCACUUUUAUUGUCAUUAUUAUCUAUUAUUAUGUAUUAUUACCUAUUAUUAUUAUUAUCUAUUAUUAUUAUUAUUAUUAUUAC